UUCAUUGUGCACAACUGCAUCUCUUUUUAAAACGCUGGCUUUAAAACACAGUGCAGCUCUAUGAUUUGCUCUGUGUUUUACAGGAUGCUGGUCGUUAGUUAAUCCCCCAGCUAUUCGAGCCCAGCUCCAUUUCCUGAGUAAUUUAUUGUUCCGCCUCACAUUUGAAUGAGAGGGCUCUUACUCAGAGCACAUGGAAUGCCCUGACGUCAUUAGCCAGAACAGCCACAAAAGAAUGAAAAUACAUCUGCUCUGCAUUCUCUCCGGAUAGGAACUCUGCUGAUGUGUUUAAGUUGUUGUCUGGACUGCUGUGAUUUCCGUUCCCAGUCAAUUCCAGACCUCAUAAUUUGAGGCUAAGAGGAAUGAAAACCCUUCCGAAAGCUUGGAUAAAAAAAGGAUCCUCACUUUAAAGAAACCUGACUGGCCUCCUAAACUUUUACAGGAUCUGUUUUAAAGAAAGGCCACACCACUGCUCUGAAAAUGCUGCAGCAGAUUUUAAAGGAGAUGUACAUAGACCCUGAUGUUCUGGAGGCUCUGAACGAGGAACAGAAAAAGAUCUUGUUCUUGAAGAUGAGGCAGGAACAGGUGAGACGGUGGACAGAAAGAGAAGAGAACUUCAAAAAGGAAAGAGAAUGCUUAAACAGCGCGAAGCCAAAACAAGCUUCCCCCAAGUCUGUGAGCUGGCUUCUGGGGAACGACGGGGACGUGCAUGUCUGUGUCAUUGGAGAAGCAGCAGGGGUCAAGCCCUACGACCUCAUCCACUCGCAGGUAGACGACAAGAGAGAGACAAACAACCACAACGCAAGAGCUCCUGUUUCGGAAACCUUUCAAAAAACAGAGCGCCAAAUCAACACUCCUCAGGAAGAUGGAAUACAGCUUAAUUUUCAGACAGCAGAAAAGGAAGAGGACACUGCAGAUCCAAUUACAGAACUAAAGGACGCAGGGCUGUACUAUCGACCACAUCUCCAGCACAAGGAACCCCAGUCUCUGGCACUCACACUAUCGUCUACAGACCGUCAGGAAGAAAAAGAAGGCCGAGAUUUCAAGAUUGUGCCAGCAGCUCGGAGACCAAUGCUCAGCUCUGACAGUGAAGAAGCCAAUCAGUCUCCAGACAACCCCACGGCCCAAGGCCGGGUAGCUGAACUGCGGAAGAAUUUCAACCAUUUACAAGUAACCAGUGGAAAAAACACUCUGUCUCGCGUGAAGCCACCCCUUCCAGCAAAACCAACCACCUUUCAGUUAAUGUCUUCAGCUGGAUUCAAGUAAUUCCAGAGUGAUAACGCAAGCAAGGACUUUAUGUAACUUACAAGGUCUGGCUCACAACAGCCAGCUGUACAAGGGAACAAAUGUGUGUAUCUGUGGAUUUACUGCCUUCACAGAGAAAGAAUAUGCAAUAAUGAGGGCCAAGCAGUGUGGGGAAAUGGAGGCCAACUGUGGGGGAAUUUAGGCCAACUGUGGCUUCUUGUCUUGUCCUGUCCAUACUGGGCCCAUUUCAGAAAGCUUAACACAUCAUUUAUUUAAAGAAAGUCUGUUUUAUGAAUAACAUUAAUUGUUCUAGACUGUUUCAUGAGUAUUACUUUACAUUUGAUGUCUUCUAUGUUGAAUCUGGUGGUGUAUUUUUCAGCAUCAUUCGGUUACAAAUCCUAUUUCUUAUACCAGCGCAGCUGAAUGACAGCUGAGGAAUGUUUUUAGUUUCAUCUGAUUUAUGACCCACGAUCUGUGAAUAAAAAUAUCAAAACAAUCUGGAUGAUGUUGAAAAAUACAUAAUCUGAAAUAAAUGAUAUGUCAAUGCCUGUAAUCCACAGGAGAAAUUAUUGCUCAAGUGAUGUGUUUCUUGUAAAAACUACACUUUAAGGGUUGGAAAUUGGGGCCAUUGUCUUGUUCUGGUGUUUUUGUGCUAUUGAUAAUAUCAUUCACUUCAGAUGUACAGAUCUAAUUUAAAGCACAUAAGAGGAUGUUCUGUUCUUUCUGUAAUUUCACUUCAAUGUUCCCUUCCAAUCUGCGAAGAGACUGGAUAUGUUGUUGUAUUGUAAGCACCCUCCCUGUGUUUCUAAAUGCCUGCUUUUAUUGCAACCAAAGCGUUUGCGGCUUGCGACAGAUGUGAAUGCGCUGGUGGAAGGAUUAGCACACCAUUAUUAUUGAAAGCCUUCUUGUAAUAAUGGCGGAGGGUCUUUUCUGUUUUGCACUCUCUCUCUUUCUACUCCUGGGGGUAAAGGUCACCUCCCCAGGGAAGCACCAAAUACAUUCUGACCACCAAAGAACAGGCCCAGCUUUCAGGAAGCGUGAGCAAAUUAAACCAGCUGUGCACAGCAGCGGUCACCGUGGAGACAAGAGAGGCAGAAACUGAAUACUAUAUAGUGAGCCCUGAACACAAGGGACAACACAAAUCUGAUCUGAAAUGAGGUAAAGGGACAAUACAUAAGCACUGUGCAAUGCAUGCUCCUUAAUUACAAAUAAAGACUGCAGACAUGUGCAGGUAUGAAAGUAAUGAUAAAGAUUUUCAAAUCCAUUUCCUGAUAUCAUAUGAAAGCAACAAAGCGGAUUUUCAUGACAGUGAAAAAGGUCUAAUUACAAAGUUGUUUACACUAAUUUAAAGCACAAAAAUGGCAUUUGUUUUCACCCCUUUCAAGGACAUGAAGCUAUUAAACCAAUUGAAUGUUGAUUCUGAACAGAGUCUGUUGCUCUAACAUUAGGAUUUGUACAUGUUUUCUCUAUUGCAUAUUCUAGCUGGCUGCCAUUUUGCUAUACAAUGAAGCAGGUGGGUACAGCAGAGUUGAAAGGUCACAAUAUUUGAAAUAUGAAUUAAAAUUGACAAAACCACACAGGCUUGCAAGAAGCCAUUUAGAACGAGCAAUAAAUAAAAUGACACAAAUAAAAACAUCAGGUGUCAGAAUGAUUACAAGCACUAUAAAGUAUUUUUCUUCAUUUAAGGCACUUCUACAGUGCAAAACUGCUCAGGUCUAGCUUCAUCUGAGCAGCUACUGCACAGAACAAUGUAUAUGCCCUGUACCUGCCAUUUCAAUGUGAGGAAUGCUCUGGUACUCUUAUUUUCUCAGUAAUUCCCUUUGAGAACGCUUAUGUUGUUUGGCAUUGAUUAAAUAGAAUAAAACAUGUUGGUUACCCAACACAAAACAAGCAGCCCUCGGUUGAG